AUGUUAAGAAGACAAGCUCGUGAAAGAAGAGAGUAUUUAUACCGGAAAGCGCAAGAAUUACAAGAUUCUCAACUGCAACAAAAACGUCAAAUAGUUAAACAAGCGUUAGCCCAGGGGAAGCCGUUACCCAAAGAACUGGCUGAAGAUGAAGCCCUACAAAAGGAUUUUAGAUAUGACCAAAGUUUAAAGGAAGGUGAAGAGGUAGAUGACGUACAAAUUGAUGACGAAUAUGCUGCGACGAGUGGUAUAACAGAUCCAAGAAUUAUUGUUACAACAUCCCGUGAUCCAAGUACCCGUCUGUCACAAUUUGCCAAAGAAAUCAAACUCUUGUUUCCAAAUGCCGUUAGACUAAACAGAGGUAACUAUGUGAUGCCAAACCUUGUGGACGCUUGUAAGAAGUCCGGUACCACGGAUUUGGUAGUAUUGCAUGAGCAUAGAGGUGUCCCAACAUCUUUGACUAUAUCGCAUUUCCCACACGGACCCACUGCACAAUUUAGUUUACACAAUGUUGUUAUGAGACAUGAUAUAAUAAACGGUGGCAACCAAAGUGAAGUUAACCCACAUCUGAUAUUUGAUAACUUUACCACCGAUUUAGGAAAAAGAGUUGUCUGCAUUUUGAAGCAUAUGUUCAAUGCAGGACCUAAGAAGGACUCCGAAAGAGUUAUCACUUUUGCUAAUAAGGGUGACUUCAUUAGUGUCAGACAGCACGUAUAUGUGAGAACUAGAGAUGGUGUAGAGAUAGCAGAAGUUGGGCCAAGAUUUGAAAUGAGAUUAUUUGAACUGAGGUUAGGAACUUUGGAGAACAAGGAUGCGGAUGUUGAGUGGCAAUUGAGAAGAUUUAUAAGGACUGCCAAUAAAAAAGACUACUUGUAG